UCUAAGUCAGUAGUCAACAUACAGCCGGGUGAUGUAGGCAUACAGCUGUUUUGUGUCUCGAACAUAGUUUUGGCCACCUCGAAGCUCACCUAGACUUUUGUGUUUUGGUGUGUUUCGUCAAAUUGAUUGUCGUACUCGUGUCAGUGUCAGAAUUGUAAAGCACUUAUUGUACUCGGGAGAGAGAUUUACGGAGACACGUGGGCUUAUCGAUUCUAGGAAAAGCAACACAUCUGUAAUGAAAUGAACUUGGCCGUGUAGUGAUAAUGUUUUGACCUCCUUGACCUUGUUCAGUUUUUGUGCUCCGUUUCCCAAGAAGUCGGUGCAAAAUUACUCCUCUGUUGCUGUCGUAGGGUUUUGCCUGUGAAACAACAUGGAAAAACGAUUGUACGUCGCGUGGAAUAAUUUUGCGAAGCACGAGCUUAGUUGCCCGAAACGUUGCCAAUGGCUUGACGUGUUCCUGUGUCUGGCGUUGAAACAUCAAGAAUUCCGCUUCUCUCAAUUUUUCCGUGGUAUGUCCAGCGUUUUGAUAGAGCAGCUGCUGUAUGACAUGAGCCGGAUUAGCAGCUCAGUGAGGGGCGGAGAAAAAGAGAAAUUGACAUACUGCCUCCGUCGCAGAGGAUGGCUUCUCUUGCACGCCUUAUCAUCCUCCAAUUUAAGGAGUUUAGUUGGGGUUGCUGAUUUGGCAGAUCUUUUGAUUAAUUUGUACGGAGUUCAAACCGAGGAAGAACCACCGGUUAUUGAGGAUCAGACACUGUGGCCCCUCACAGAUCUUGGUACAGUUGUCACCCGUAGUGACCUGAAGAACGUAAAAAAGCCACGACGAAAGCAAUUGAGACGUGGUGGCCGGUUAGAUGACAUCAGAAUUACCAGCUUAAAAGACUGUGUCGAUGGGAUAGUCAAAAUCCAGCUGUCGGAUCGUUGCUGCCGUCCAGAAGACGAUGACUUGGAAGAAGUGACUGCGUGGAAUGAAAAAGCGGAGCUUCCUUGUUUGGCCGCAAAAUCCUUCAACCAUUUGGCACUGUCACUUUUAGAACAACUAGUGGGGCAUCACGGAGAUUAUCGCCUGAAAUCCUCGCGCUGUCUAGAUCACCGAGUCAUGACAUUUGCCUUACAACGCCUGCAACCUGGAAUGCCUUCCGAAGAGCAAAGAAGGUUGUUUCGCUUGAUCCUUCGUUGCAUGGUCUCCAUAGUCCAACACCACCGACCUUUACAGGCCGAAGACGUCAUACAUCUAUUGAUUGAAAUUGCAGACGCAAGUCAACCCAAUUUUGCUGCUGAUGUGAUAGAGGGCCUCGUACGGUUUUUUGCUUCAGUUCAUCCAAUCGACGAUGACGCACUUUUUCACCAAUGGCUCAACAAUUUCCACAGUCAAACUUGCAUGAAGUUGAUCAUUGAUAUGGCGAUAUCAGAAUCCCAAGACCUUUCAUGGCUUCCUCUCAUUGGAACAAUAAUUGGCAAUGUUUCAUGUCGCAGUUCAAAAACACCUUUCCAUCAUCACCAUGUUUUCGGACAGGCCCUAGUCGACCCGGACCAACUUGGCCGUGAAUCGUGCUCGAUCUCAUCUCUUUUCUACAUUCUCCUUCAAUUAUAUCAAAUCGGCAAUGAAAAUGUCCGAAAGCUGGUCUUAAAAGCCAUCGUUUCUGGAGGGCAUCCGUGUUGUUGUCUACCUCCUGAUAUUAUUUAUCAGGUUUUGUUCAAACGAGUUGUAGAAGUGCCCGAAUUCCUUGACGUGUUGGAGGUGGUCUUCCGCAGCACAGGUUUUGCAUCCGCUCCAAUUUCAAUAAUCGAUUACCAGUGCCACUUUUGUCGUUACAAUGGCGGCCAAGAACUGGAAAGAUGCCGUCAAAUGGGAGUUUACGCCUCCACGGAGUCUCUUAGCAAGUCAUGCUGGAACAUGGUAUUACCGGACCCGUGGCGUUCGUUCGAUUUCUACACUGAAUAUAUUUCGACGCGCAUAAAACAACCCUUCACGCUGUCCAUGGUGAAGCACAUUCAUCGAUUGAUCGAUGUUGCAACGACUCAAGUAAAAUCAGAAAUAUUUGCCCGCGUGUUUUAUCCGAUCCUGACGCUACCCACAUCGUUUGGAACAGCAGACACGUCCAAUCGCUCUUCGAUAGCUGGGCAGAUUACGGAAGCUUGUUGGCAAAUGACGGCAAAUUUAGUUCGGCAACGGAGCAUAUGCGAACUUUUCCUAAGUUCUAACGGACUAGAAUUAUUGCUCGAUUUGUGCAGGUCGCCGGAAUGGUCUUGGAACGUCGCACGAGUCCUUCAAUCGAUGAUUGACAUCCAAUGCCAGUCCAACGAUGAAGUGGAUCUAAUUGAAAACGUUGACAUCAAAUUGACGGGAAUGGGCGAGGCUACUGCAUUAGCGAUUUUGGAACAUUUGCUCGUACAUCACAUGUCUUACAUUUUGCGCAGUUUGGAGAGCCAAGCGACACCGGCCGAUAAUUGGGGCAUUGAAAUCCCAGAACUGAAAACAGCGACCGACACCGUUGGAUCAUUUGAUUCUGUCUGGGUGAAUCACCUGAAAAAUUUGGAUCAUUUACCUGGAAAUCUGAAAACCGCAUCCGCCUUAUGGGAAACGACUGUCCGUUUGUUUGUUCACAACCGAGCAUUUUCUUCGUGGUUUAGUAGUCACCCCUUCGUCAAGUGGAUUGAACUCAUCCUUCCGGCUAUUUGUCGUUACUUGUCAAACCCUCUUGCUCCUCAUUGGGCGCUGUAUGCUGAUCUACUCGAACUCUUUCUCACUUUAUCCCUGCUCUCCAGUUCUCCAAAUUCAGAACAUCGAUUGAAAAGUAUGCUGGAACAAUUUUCUCCGCAGCGGAAGCUGUCAGUUGUUUACGAAAUUCUGCUGCGAUGCUCCACUUUGGAGCGCUGGGUCAACCCGGAAAAUCCCGUCCGUUCAACCGAAUUGGAACCAACUGUGACCACGACAUUAUCCGACGGAUACGAAGCAGAUACGGAACCGGUGACGUUGGAACCAGUUACGUCGCAUCAUCGGUCGAUUUAUCUUUUUUUCCCCGCCAUUCUUCCGCAAUUGUUGCUCAAUUUUUCGAAUUGGCUAUCACAAACGACGGCCGACGACGAAGAAGCGUUGCUGUUCCAGGAUUUUCUUACGGCCUUCCAACGGAUGGCAUCGAUUUGCUCACAUCCACCGACAGCCACUAUCCUGAGUAAUCAGGGAUUUCUAACGAUUCUCCUCAAGAAAUUGAAGCCAAUCCUGAUCGGUAGUGAAUCGUCUGGUAUCCGUCAGCAAGUGAUAGGGAUGAUCAGCUGCCUUGGUAAUCAAAGAAUCACACCCGGAGAAUUGCAAUUGCUCAUUGAUAUGUUAAAAGAAGAAAACCCACCUUGGAAAGAUCUCCUUCCCGUGUUUCUGCAUCUGAUUCAAACCGAUGGCUACCGACCGACAUAUACGUUAAGUUUUCCUGGCCUUAAAUUGAUUGAUGAAGACAACGAAAAUUCAUUGCAUCUGAGUAGCGGCUCGAUUGGAUCGUUCGUCCAAGUAAACGACAUUCGAUCGGAAAUUUACACCUUGACGAAACACGCUAUGGAACUUGGACGCGUUCAUGAAAUCAAAGGAAUAGGAUCUGCUUGGAAGUGCGCUGCGAUAUUUCUUCCCGUUUUGACCGAUAACAGUUGGAACAUGCAAACGGAUGGGCUGUCGCUCUCAACGUGGCUUCUGUUAUCAGAAGCUCCUCGUCGAAAAGGCCCGAGAUUCUCAAAUCCUGAAUGGAGACCGGAUCUACAAGAUUGCACUGCAAGUUUCCCAUGGGAAGAUCCCAACAACGGCCGUGACCUGCACCUUUUCUCGAUGGGUACCAGGAGUUUCUUAAUCGAGUUCUGGGCUGAUCCAGGCGCUGACAACACUCUUCUUGUCCGUCUUAGCCAGUCGACACAUUCUCAAAGCCAGGCAUUGGCCACGCAGACGUUAGAUUUGAAAAUUCCGUCUGGACGGUGGAACCAUUUGGCGGUUAGUUGUCGCCAAAGAUCUUCCGCCAAUGGCUACCAUCGAGUAGUGCACAUCCAGGUGUAUUUAAACGGAUAUCAAUCGGCCAGUUUAGAUCUCAAAGUGCCUCUUAGUCCGAUGAAACGCUUGGGUAAUUCUCAUUCAUUCCUCUUACUCGGAAUCGCUUCCGUGUCGAAAGUCAAGUCAAAGAAGACGAUCCCAUCGUGGCAACUAGGGAAUGCUACACUUUACAAAGGCGAGCUGCUGUCGGCCGAAUUAGCAUUUCUUUUGAUGGCAUUGGGCCCGAACGGUGGCAUAUUUCUGGCCACCUGUCAAGAUGGUCAGACAAGACCAAAUUUCCCUCGUUUCCUUCAUUCAAAAUUAACUGACCAUCUACAAGACUGGGACCGGCUUUUAGAAUGGAACAAAAUGAUGGAUAGUUUGCAGUCUAACUUAUUAUUGACAUACUCGGCCCACAAACCCGAAUCGGUGUUUAUUUACCCUUACAUUAUCUCGCCGACGGCCGGGAUCUUUGGCUCAAUUAUGCCAAGUGGUUGCGUCUUCAACGCCAUUUCCAAUGAUCCUCGUAGCAGUCAACAACCACCUAUAGCCCUUUCAGUGGCCGUGGCUGCACCACUAACGGCCCAUUAUCAUAUGGGCAUUCACGCUGCGAUGAAGCAGCUCGGUGGUUAUCCAGUUCUACUUUUUCUUUUGGGGCAUUGCAUCGAGUCAAAGUCUGAUUAUCAGGCCCAGUCGUUGGAAAUUUUGUUGCAUUGGCUGCGUUCAGAUGCGCAAGAGGCACAUCUGUUUGCAGCCAAACGCGGUUAUUGGAUGCUCCAGCAUGUUUUUGAAGCUGAUAGAUGCCGACCAGGAAGAGACUUUGCGGCAGUUCUGCUGAAUCUCAGCUGUUCUAGUCCGGUCGUCACCAAAAAUCCUAGUCAUCAUUGCGAUGCCGUUAUAGUUGAUCCUCAUCUUCUAUCCUUCACCAUUCAAUGCUGGAAGCAUUGGCAGAGAUUCCGUGAUUCUCCAGACGGAAGCACGCUUGAUUUAGUGCUGCAUGCCCUUCAGCAUCUUUUACGCGACAAUCAUCGUUAUCGAGAUUUCAACGUCAAGCAAAUGGAACGUGCUGGAAUCAUGGAACUUCUACUCCAUUUGGCUAGGGAAUCUUCUCUCUACGAAGAUUGCAUUCCUCUUACAGAUCAUCAAGCCAUCAUGAUUGCGGAUCUGGUAGAAGGAUUGAUUGGAUCGCCACCCAGCGUCAGUAACCUGAUUAUCAUAGUCGAUUACCUGCUCCUACUUCAUCCAGCCGAACAAACGUAUUGCCCCACCAAUUCGGCUGGAUUUUCCUACUAUUUCCUUCUCACAGCCAGAGAUGCUGGUGUCAAUGUAUUCCAUCCGAGGAAUUGGAAAUUACCAGAAGGUUACGAAACUUAUGCUCCAGAGUCUGCCAUCCCACAACCGAUGAAUGCCAACCAGCUUGGUUCAGCCCUUCGUGAUGUCAUUGUCAAGUGGUCUGCUGGGGAAAAACAAUGCUACGAAAAUAUUCCGAAUAGUCAAACGGUCGAAUCCCUGCCGGAAGUCAGCAGUUCUAGCAAUUUAAGCACCUGCACCCGGGAUGAAGCGGAUACUACACUAAGUCUGCAUCUAUUGAGAGUCUUGAUCGCCUGCAUCCGUGUCCUCCCAGACUCAAUGGUCAAGCAAGUUGCAAGCAGCAUCAUUCGAACUGAUACGUUGGUGACAUUGGCGCGACAUAAACGCGAUAAGAUGCGAGCGGGGGCAAUUCGACUGUUACAAGCUAUAUUGUCACGCAGCGAAGAAGAAGAGCAAAACUUUAUUAAGCAAUCAGGACUACUACUUUUGGCUAACCAAUUACAGCCUUAUGCCGCAACGGCCCCGGUAGUAGAAUCCUGUGUAAGUCUGUGUGUUGGCGUCGAUGUCAUCCUUGAACAGGUGUUGGAUCCAUUUGCCAUCUGGCCAGAGAACCCGACCCCACUUCAACUACAAUCAACCAUACUAUUAUUAAGUUUGUUACCAAACGCGGCUCUUGAUCCGGCCCUGUUUCAUCAGCUCGCCACACUGGUUCGGACUCUGGCAACGAGAUCCAAUCAUAUUCUCAAGUUCCUGUUGGAUUUCGGUCUGGUUGAAACUAUGGGCAAGUCCAUAGUCGCUUUGGCACAUGCAACAAAGACCAGUCCAGGGGAUAUUUUGGAACAGCGCGAAGACGAAAUCCUUUUAGAAGCCAUACACCGGAUACUAAUACUCGUUGCCACUCGGACCGUCACUGCUUCGGGAACUGUUCCAUGGACAGCCUUCCAGGACAUAAUACAAUUAUUCCACUACAUGGAACGAGUGGAAAGUGGCCGCUGCGGAUUCAAAUCACGUUGCGUGCGAAUGCUACACGAAAGCUGUUGCGUUUUGUUGAAACAAGCUAUCCAGGCGAUUCAGCAUCGAGUUGAAUUUCACAAAAUUGGCAGAUUACAACAUCAGCUUUUUGCAUUCCAACCCGGAACGUCGCAUUUUCAACAUGUUUCCGACAAAGUGCUCAACGCUGUACUCCCGGUUUCCAUCAACCGCAAGAUGAAGUUGGAUAAACAGCUCAGUCAUUCGGAGAUAUUGGAACGAUUCAAAUUCCUUCUGGUGAAAGCGGUAGAUCACAUCACACUCAACACAGAGCAAAACACGUCCACCGUAGAGGUAGCGUUCAGUCAAGAUUUGUUUGUAACACUUGUCCGAGGUGUUUCAUCCAUUCUGGAGCGGCCGAAAUCCAACGGUUUCCGUCACCUCUCCAACGAUGCCUUCACGGACUGGCCACAUUAUUACGCUCCGGAUUCGAGCGACCUUGUCCGCACCCUGUACUGGAACAGCCGGCAAACGAUGAAAACCCAAUUGAAUCGACUAGUUCUUUUCUUGUCAAGUCCAAUCCAGUCUGCAACAAUGCUUCAGUUUGUCGUUAAAACACUGUAUGACGACCCUCAUUACGAAGAACUCUUUAAAUUGGCUAAUCCCGAUGAACCAGAUUUCACAAACACACUGGAUACAUAUUUAUGUCAUUUCUUGCAUUCACGGAAAUUCACCGAUAACGUUGAGCACACGACAUUGAUCAAAAUCCAUUGCAUUAGUCGUUGUUUGGUGGGAUCACACCAGUCAAGGCGAUGCCAAGUCCUGGAUCCAGUCCAGUUAAAGGAGCAAUUUGAGAUAGACCGAGGCAUUUGGUGGAGAACUCAAGAAGAGGCGCAAAUUCGCAUCCUGUCGCGAUAUGACGCACUCGUUAGGCAGACGGCAGAUGUUGCAGCCAAGUGGACGACGGUAGCAGUUGAUACGCAAAACAAUAUCCGUCGUCUCUUCUUGAAUCGUUUGCGGCGCGAUCAUGGAUCCAAAGUGCUGGCUGCAGGAGGGUGGGUCGAACUUGUCGACCAAAUGACUCACCAGAGAGCUGCGUGGCAUUUCGCCAAAUCGUACCUUCGCGGAUGGGAAUUGGACCCGAUCGAAGGAUAUCAGCGGAUGCAUCUUCGCUUGAGAAGAGCAGCACUAAACGUUGAUGCCAAAUAUCUUUUGGAACGUUCUCAUUCUUUGUUGGAGCCCGAAAAACGACCUCAACCAUUGGAAUCCAUCUUGCGAAUGUCCACUGUCAAAUCUGUUGAUGAUGUCAUCGGUCAUGAUGACGAAAAGGUUCUACGAGCAAUCAGCUGUUGGCUAGUCACGACAACAGCCGAAAUAAUGGGCGAAUUAAUUCUUACCGAGAAGUGGAUGACGUUUCUUUCUCCGGAAUCUAACCAGUUCUUUUCGUGCACCAAAUAUGAAGAUGUUCGUGAAAUACUGACCCGUCGUUUCCAGCUUCAAGAGAGGGCACUAGAACUAUUCAUGUGUGAUAAUCGCACCCAAUUCUUAGUAUUCAACAGCUUGGAUGAACGAAAUGCUACUCAGCGAGAGUUGAGCGAAUUGUGCCACAAAUUGAUUCCGUCCGAAAGUCUGGCCGACGUGACGCAACUGUGGCGCGAAAGCCAAAUCACCAACUUUGAGUAUCUCGUCUUCCUCAAUAAAUUUGCUGGCCGAUCCUACAACGAUUUGAUGCAGUAUCCUAUUUUCCCGUUUGUUUUGGCUGACUACGAAUCGCCACUGCUGGAUCUGAAGGAUCCGCAUAUUUACCGCAACUUUAAAAAACCGAUGGCUGUCCAGAAUGAGAGUCGCGAUUCGCAUUAUAUUGAAAACUACAACUACCUCAAAAGGGAUUUUGAAAAUAGGCCUGAAGGGUCUGGACCGAACUUUGGCCCGUUUCAUUAUGGAUCUUUGUACUCCAAUCCUGGCAUAGUUCUUCAUUUUCUCGUGCGAUUGCCACCCUUCACCAAACUCUUGAUGGAAUAUCAAGAUCGAAACUUUGACGUCCCUGACCGUUCUUUUCAUUCAAUUGGGACGUCAUGGCGCCUGGCCAGCUCCGAUUCAACAACUGACGUUAAAGAGUUAAUUCCAGAAUUUUUUUAUCUACCCGAAUUUCUAGUCAACUCUCUUGGGUUCGAUUUCGGAAUGCAACAAUGUGGUGAUCCAGUGGAUGAUGUCCAGCUUCCACCCUGGAGUCUGGGGAAGCCACGUCUUUUUAUUCAAAUCCAUAGGCAGGCUCUUGAAUCGAGUUGGGUUCGGGACCAUCUCCAUCAUUGGAUUGAUUUGAUUUUCGGCUUCAAGCAAACAGGACCAGCCGCGAUAGAGUCCAUCAACGUUUUUCAUCCUUCAACAUACGCCGGAUUUGAUACUACCGAGGGACUGAAUGACGACCCGAUCGAACGGAACGCGAAGCUAACUAUGAUUCGAUCGUAUGGUCAGGUGCCUCGCCAGCUUUUCCGCCUGCCGCAUCCGAUGAGCAUCCAGCCCCUGAACGCUAAAUCCAUUCGCAGAAGCCGCAAUCUUUUGCCAUCUGUCGAUCACUUGCAAUGGGGUUGUUACGUGGGGUCGCCGUCCUGUCAGGAUCCCGUGUUGAAGCAUAAAGAAUCCUUUGCUAUUCCAGUCCAUUCCUUCCUCCCGCUGCGCACGGGAGAUACCUACUCUUUAGGCCCUUUCACCACCGCCAUUCUAUCGCAUUCCUACGACAAGGAUUCCUUCCUUGGACGUCCGACAGGCAUCUUAGGUGUCGCACUGAUUUCUUGGGGUCAAUCUGACGGAAUUGUGCGUAUAAAGAUCCGGAAAGACGAACCUGUAAAGCCUCUUUUCCAAUCAGAAGCGCAUGAUAGCGUGAUUUUGUGCUCAACUUUACCGGAUUACAACAAGAUCUGGGUUGUCUAUCGUUCCGGAAUCAUGCGUGUCUAUCCCUUUCUAUUUGAUCCACUAAAACCUCAUUUUGAAUUGACUGGACCACCGACAAUUCUUUCGGGUCACGUUGGACCUCUCCAGCAGCUUGUCCUUUGUUCGGCAUUUAGCCUUGCCGUUUCAAGUGGAAGUGAUGGAUCGAUUAUCCUUUGGGACCUUCAUUCCUUGAAGUUUAUCCGCCAACUUACUCCAGGUCUUUCUAACGAUCGCAAGGACGUAAUACUACCAAUUUCCCAAUUGGCCGUCAGUCGGAAUACAGCCGACAUUGCAUGCGCUGUCAAUCUUGACGACCAACAGUCUCGACUGGAAUUGAGGUCAGUCAAUGGGCAUUUGAUCGGCAUGACAACAACAAAUCCUCUCAUCACGGCAUUGUGUUUCUCCUCUGCCCCUGAGGGAAUUUCGAUAAAUGUAGUAGCUGCUGGGCUAUCCAACGGUCGAAUUCGAUUGUGGGAUACCUGGACUCUAAAUGUCGUACGAGACAUCAUUACUGACUCCUCGUUGUCGAUAGUCAGUUUGACUUAUUCAAGCACGUCACAGCAUUUACUAGCCGCUAGAAACGAUGGUUCUCUGCUAGCUUGGGAAAGUCCGCAUAACAACAAAAAAUCGCCUCGCUUCCCACCCUUUAUCAAUUUAACUUUGCAAUGAAUAUUAUUCAAACCCCGUAGAUCUGAUCUAAACGUGAUUCUAGAUAGAUUUCCAUGAUUUUAAAGAAGCUUAAGAGGCUCUGUCGAAAACAAGUUUUAUAAAUUUAGCUUUACGAUAUUAUAUGGAAAUCUGAAUAUACGAAUAUACUUACGAUAA